AUGGAUAAUUGUGAUUUUUAUCAUGAUCCUUCUUAUGAAAAAAUCAAAUCAUUUUCAAAACCAGUGACUGAUGCAACAAAGUGGUCGAUAGAUGAAGUUUGUAAAUGGCUUGAAGAAAUAGAUUUAUCAGUACUGGUUCCCACAUUCAAGGAACAAGAGGUUAAUGGAGUGACUUUACAAUCUAUCACUCAAGAUCAGUAUUCAUCUUUAGAUAUCGUCACAAUUGGCAGAAAAUCUAAAUUUGAAACUCAAAGAAACAAAUUGUUUAGUAGUAGUAGUAGUAGCAGAAUUAUUAAUAUUAAUGUAAGAGAUGAAGAAGGAUGGACUACAUGUGGAACUUCAUCAUCUAAAUCAACAUCAACAACAUCAACAUCUACUUUGCAAUCUUCAACUACAGAUACAAAGAGAGAUUACAAACCAUUCACGGACAAUGCUGAGCUGUUUUCACAGAAAUCAUUACAAGACAGUUUGUUAGAUACUGCAGUCAAUGAAAUGUACCAAAAGUUGAUGAAGUCGAACUUUAUUGGUCAUUUCUCCAAUCUUCCACGUUUGUUAAGCUCCUCUCAAUUCAAGAAUCAAAAGGAAUUACAGUUGAAUUGUAUUCACUUAUUUUUGGUAAUCACCCAAAAGUUCACUUCUCAAGCAUACAACCUACUUCCACUUGAACUGCUGGAAAACCAAUGUAGUCAGUCCAACGAUCCCGAUAUACUCAAACCAAUUCAAAGGAUGAGACAACAACAAAUUUUCCAUAAAGAAAAGAUGGAAAAACGUGAUAAUAAUAGCAAUAUUCCAAUUAGAUAUCACGAUCUAUCGAUAUUUCCUUCCAAGCAAGAGCUGAGAUCUAACAUGCCAGAGCUAAAUGCUCUUAAGGUUGGAAAGUAUGAAUCCGCUGAGGAGUACCUUGACACUCAGUAUUGUCUACUCCGUGAGGAUCUUAUUCAACCAAUGAGAGAAGCACUUGAUGACUUUGAAGCCGGUAAAUCAUCAAAGUAUUUCUAUCAUGAUGUAGUUUUCAAGAAUCUAAGUUGUACGCGUAGUUCAUUGUCAUAUACCAUUAAAUUUAAACCAAACAAACCAAUUGAAUGGUCCAGACAUCCAAGAUUACUACAAGGUUCCUUGGUUGGACUAAGUUGUGAUAAUUUCAAUACUGUCAUUUGGGCUGUUGUUGAAGAUCGUCCAAAAAGAGGUAGUGAUCCCAAAAUUACUAUCUCUAUACUUGAAGAGAAUCAUUCUAUUCAUCCUCACGAACUUCCUGAGCACAUUCAUGAAGAAUUCGAAAUGUAUAAUGAUGAUCACUCUGACGAUGAUUAUGACAAUGACUAUGACUACGAAAACGGUUAUCGAAAUGAGAAGCCUGACGCUUUCGACGUUUAUGUACAACUAUCAAGGAAUGAAUCACGUAGAAGAUUUGUUAGAAAGAAUAUCCUAUCAACUCUUUUUACCAAGUCAUUUUUGAUGAUAGAAUCACCUUCUUACUUUGAAGCCUACAAGAAUGUCUUGAAGUCGCUUAAGGAUAUCAAUGUAGACACUAUCCCAUUUCAACAAUAUCUCUUGGACUGUAGCAUCGACACAAAACCACCUGCUUAUAUUCUCAAGAAUCCAUAUAUUAAAUUUUUAUCAACUUUCGAUGUGGUGGAGCAUGAUAACCAAUCAAUAGAAGAUUGGGAAAAUGAAAUAUCCAAUGAAAUUCAAUCGUUUCCAACCAAACUAGAUGAACUCGAUCAAUCUCAGUUAAAUUCAAUUGAACAUUGUUUGAAUACAGAAGUCUCACUGAUUCAAGGACCUCCAGGAACUGGUAAAACAUUUAUUGGUUUGAAACUGUUUGAGCUUCUCCACCGACAUACCAAACAUAGAGAUGGUCCAGUUCUACUCAUCUCUUACACGAACCAUGCUCUGGAUCAAUUUGUUCAAGGUUGUCUAAAUACAACCAAGAAUAUCAUUCGGCUUGGUAACAGAAGCAAAGAUCCUGAUCUUGAGCAAUUCAAUAUCAGAAAUCAUAUCAAAAGAACAAAAUCUCAAUACCAAUAUAUCAAUGAAAUGGAUGGUAUUGUUGUAGAGAUUAGAAAUACUUUGAAUAGAAUGGUAGCAGUUUCAGGCAAGCUCACCUUCAAAGACCUUCGUAACCUGAAGAACGUUUAUCAUUUGGAAUCAAUUUCAUACAGAGGUAAAGCAUCAAUCCAUGCAUGGCUGAAUUCCUGCACACCUAUUUUAAAUCAACAAAAUUCGACCUACACCAAAGUUCAUCAAUCUUUUCCUAUACCCAAACAACAAAGAAAACAACAAGAUCAACUACAUGAAGAAGAUGAAAUGGAUGAAGAGAUGGUAGAGGAGCUAAUUGAAAGUAGAAUUUUUGAUUUUGGUGGAUCAAGACACAAGGAACAAAAGGAACACAGGGAUGAGGUUCAGGAGAUAGAUAUUAGCUUACCACUAUGGAUUAUAGAGCAAAAGUCCACAAGUUUUAAAGACAUGUAUGAUAUAUCAAAUCUUCCAUUAGAUCAAAGAGUAUUGCUCUACCGUCACUGGCAAAAGCAGAAGAUACAUUGGUAUUUGAGCAAGCUCAAUGAUCUAAAGUCUCGCUACGAGUAUCUCUCGGGAGUUCUCUUGGAUUGGGAGAGAGUUCAGACUCGUAUUGCUCUGAAGAGUGCUGAUGUGGUUGCAGCUACAACUACAGGUGCCAGUAGAUUGAAACGUGUUAUUGAAGCUGUGAAACCUCGAAUCAUUAUCAUUGAAGAAGCAGCAGAAGUAUUGGAAUCACACAUAGUAGCUACAUUAACAACAUCAGCUGAACAUCUUAUCAUGAUUGGUGAUCACAAGCAAUUGAAACCUUCAUCACAAGUCUACCAACUUUCAAAGAAAUACAAUCUUGGCAUGUCACUCUUUGAAAGAAUCGUAAAGAAUGGAAUGGGUUUCAAAACUCUUGAAAUUCAAAGAAGAAUGGUUCCCAAUAUCUCUCAAUUUGUCAAACCAGUUUAUCCACAUCUCAUUGAUCAUCCAUCUGUAAUUGAAAGAUUCAUAAAAGUGCAGAAAGUUGAUGGAAUGCCAUCGAAUGUAUUCUUCUUGGAUCAUCGUCACAUGGAGAAUUCCAACGAGUCCAGCAAAUCAAACAUAUUUGAAGCUGAUUUUGUAGUUCGCUUGGCAGAAUAUAUUGUCCAACACAACUAUUCACCAAACAACAUUGCCAUAUUGACACCAUAUACUGGUCAGUUGAUACUGAUUAGAAGUAGAGCAAAGAAAAAUCCUGUUCUGGAGGGAAUUACUAUAAGAACAGUUGAUCAAUUCCAAGGUGAAGAGCGUGAUUUCAUUAUUCUUUCAUUGGUUCGUUCAAACAAUGAGGGAAGCACUGGAUUCUUGAAGAUUGAAAACAGAAUCAAUGUAUUACUAUCUCGAGCAAGAAAUGCAAUGUAUAUCGUUGGUAACUCACAACUGCUUUCCAAAGCCAACGAUCUUUGGGUCAACUUGAUCAGUAAACUCAAAGAAGAGAAGAAACUCGAUACAUUCAUUCCAUUGGUUUGCGUAAAUCAUCCGGAUACCAUCACCGAAGUACGAACAGCAGCAGACUUUGACAAUGUUCCAGAAGGUGGAUGUAACAAACAUUGUGAUGCUCGUUUAGAUUGUGGUCACCAAUGUCCUAGAUCUUGCCAUACACAUGAUCUGGACCACUACUCUGUUAUAUGUUCGCAUUAUUGUGAAGAGGUAUAUGAAGAUUGUGGUCAUCAAUGCCAAUCCCACUGUCACAAUAAUAAUUGUGGACCUUGCAAGACCACAGUUGAGACUAUAUUGGAAUGUGGACAUACUGCUCAAAAGUAUUGUUACGCUGAUGAUAGCUCCGUCUAUUGCACUUCACCUUGUGAAAGAACAGAUAGAGAUUGUGGACAUGAUUGCAAUGGAUCUCAUCUCUGUGGACAAUGUGAUAUUAGUAAAUGUAUGGCUCCAGUUGAGACUACAUUGAAAUGUGGACACUCUCUCACCCAUGCCUGCCACGACGAAACAAAUGUUUGUAAUGUCAUUUGUGAGGAAAAACUUCCAUGUGGACAUCCGUGUAAACGAACUUGUAAAGAUCACACUAUAGAAAGAACCAGUGUUGGAUUAUUUACUAGAGGUUGGAAAGUUGUUCAUCCUGUGUGUGAAAAGAAUUGCGAAAAACUUUUAAUAUGUGGUCAUAUGUGUCCAGGUCAUAGAUGUGGAAAGGAGUGUUUUAAUUGCAAGGGCAAUUGUCCCAAUCGAUGUAGACAUUGUAGAUGUAAGAAGUUAUGUAUUGAGGAAUGUACUCCUUGCAAAGAACAAUGUAUCAGAACAGCAAAUGGUAUCCGUUGUUCAAAGCAGUGCGGAGAGCCAUGCGAUAUACCAAGAAUAACAGUUCCAUGUGAGAAGCUACUCAACUGUGGUCAUCAAUGUAUGGGAUUACAAGGUGAAUUUUGUACUAAGAAAUGCAAAGUGUGCGAUCCCGAGGAGAUUGAACCUAUACUAUUAAUUACUUUGAAGGAUUUCGAUGACAAUGAGUUAUUCAUACAACUGGAUUGCGAUCAUAUGUUUGAAGUAACAUCAUUCGACCAAUACAUGGAAACAAAAGAUGAGAUAGUUGGUGUAAAGGGCUGUCCAAUAUGUAAAAAACUUAUCUUUUCCAAUAUCCUACGUUAUAAAGAUAUUGUCAAUGAAAAUUGGAAGGUCAUUGAAAAGGUUAAAGAAAGAAUCAGACACAACGAAGCAAGUCAUAUUGUUAAAAUGAGUGGAUUCACAGCUGGUCACUGGUUUAAUUGUCCUAACGGACACUUAUACUACAUAGACAAUUGUGGUGGCGCAAUGGAAGUAGGUAAAUGCAUCGAAUGCAAAGAACAAGUUGGCGGAACAAACCACAAAUUGUUAAGUACAAACUCUCACUCAAAUAUUGAUGGUUCUGAAAAACCUCAUUACCCAUAUGGUUUGGAACCAAGAGGUUUUUUGUAA